AUGAUGCUGGUGACUGAUUUCGUGAAAGACAACGCGGUCAAGAUCAGAUCGGCCGACGUUGCAUUCCUUCCCGGUGGCGUCACGAGCGACGCCGCGAUGGCGAGAGCCGAACUCGGGGUGAACAACGCCAAACGCGCGGUCGAGGAUGCUGAAAGGAAGCGGCAAGACAAAAUACGCAAGGAGGAAGACCUCUUGUGUCAAGCGAUUCAAGAUGCGCCCGCAAUAUUGGCGCGAAUCGAGUCUCUCAACGAUCUGCGCGCGUGUACUCGAGCGCAGCUCAUCACGCUCCAUCGCAGCGUUUUGAGACUUCAUCCAAGGUGGCAGCUGAAAAAAGCUGACCUGAUCGCCGCCCUGACGCUGGAAAUAUCAAAAGAGAUUGAAAGUAGGAAUCAGCACGCGGAGCCUCACGCUGAACUGCCCGGCGUACCGGUGCCAGCGCCCAUCAACGCAAUUGACGCAGAAAUGCUCAAAAUCGCCCACAUCGAGCCGAUGACGGAGACUCAAACGUCACUCGAGCCGAUGCCGAUGGGUUGGAAAGAUGGAGUGUAA